AUGUCAUCCAACUCCUCCAGUCUGGACCUGGUCUCUAACUUCACCUGUCUGACGUCCAAACAUAACCAUGAGGAAGCCAUGCGACUCCUCAAAAACGUCGCCACUAUGGUACGGCCAAUAAUGAAGGCGCAUGGUUGGAAAAUCACAACACUUGCAGAGUUCUACUCAAAGGGCCUCCUAGGAAUGAACACUAACCGCGGCUGGAAGAUCCAACUCUGUCUCCGAUACCAUAAUGACGAAAACACCUUCCUCCCCUGGGAGGACAUCCUUGGCACCAUGCUCCACGAACUCGCACACAAUAUCCGUGGCCCGCAUGAUCAGCAGUUUUACAAGGCGCUGGAUGAUUUGAAUGAUGAGUAUGAUAAGGUCGUCGCGUCCGGGUAUACUGGGGAAGGGUUUGAUACGGCGGGGCGUCGGUUGGGGACGAAGCAUGGUGGGUUUGGACCUGGUGGUGUGAGACUUGGUGGUGCGAUUGGCGCUGAUCUGGUGCGGAUCAUCACCUUCCUCUGCGAGUUCACCAAGCUCGAAUCAGUCGUCGACAUCAUCCAGUCCAAAAACGCCACCAACUGUAAUAUCAUCCACUGUUGGUUCAAGCUGCGGAUUAUCGACAACUACUUCGGCCUCCCCCACUCCACCUCAAACUAA